AUGGCAAGGCUUCCGGCCAAACCCAUCGUCAAGUGGUUCUCCGUCAAACCCAUAUUGUCAAAGGCUUUCGGUCAAAUCCACUAUCUUAAAAUCGGACCAGCCAUGGCAGCUCGAAGCUAUCUCUACGGUGGUGCUUCCGGUGGUGAAGCUGAAAGUGGUGGCUCUGUUCUGCUGACAAACAAAAGGGUUCAUUGUUCUUCUUCUCUUAACCCUGUUGAUUCCUUCUUCGUCUCCCGGUCGUCUCCUUUCCAGGGUUCUCGAUCAAUGGUUAGCUUUGAAGAUAGAGGGAAUGGAUCCGGUGGGCAAUUUUUUCAGUCAUUUGAUCAUGAAGACAAUGGAGAUGAUGAAUACGAUGAAUACUUUCAGCAGCCUGAGAAGAAAAGACGGCUCACGGUUGACCAAGUACGGUUCUUGGAGAAAAGUUUUGAAUUAGAUAACAAACUGGAGCCAGACCGAAAGAUUCAGCUAGCCAAAGAACUCGGUUUGCAGCCCAGGCAGGUUGCCAUCUGGUUUCAAAACCGACGCGCACGUUGGAAGACUAAACAACUAGAGAAAGACUACGAUGAUUUGCAGGAAAGCUACAAUAAACUCAAAGCCAACUAUGAGAAUCUUGUUAAAGAGAAGGAAAAACUAAAAUCCAAGGUCGGUGAAUUAAGUGAUAAGCUGAUGAUUCAAGAGAAAGGAACCUCGGAUGCAUCGAGUACUAAAAGCCCUUGUGAGCCACAACUGUGUGAACCGGUACUUGAGGAAAAUUUAUCGAAGAACAUGAACCCGACAUGCGAGCCCGAAGGGGAUUUAAACGUGGUGUUUGAAAGAGGCGAUUCAUCUUACGUAUUUGAACAAGAACAAAGUGACGGGUCGUUGGAUGAAGAAAAUGAUAACUUUGGGAAGAUGUUUCUACCAUCAAUGGACUGUUACACAUCGCCAAAGAUCGAGAAUGUGGACCCACAUGCGGCGAACUCUUAUUAUCUUGGGCUUGCCGGAGAUGAUCAAGCAUUUGGUUUUUGGUCUUACUGAAUCAACUCCGUGGGGGCAUAACUCGGUUGUUAUUGAGGUUCCAGUAACUCUGGAAGGGAAAUAAUGGCCUGAAUCCAGGAGGAUUGGUGUUGGUUUAUUUUUUGUCUGUUGUCUUCUAUAUUUUUAAAGUUUGUGUUGUCUGGUUUUACCUUUUAUAAAUAAGUGCCAAAUGUUUUUGCAUUUUCAUUGUAAGUAAAUUGCUUCAUACUAAUAUUAUUUGUAAACAAUGUU